GGCCGGGGGCGGAGCCGGCGGGCUGGGAGCUGCGGCGCGAGCGCAGGCAGGGUACCGGGUCGCUCGCGCGCGAGUCGCGGAGGCGCCGCCGUUGCAGUCGCCGCAUCUCCGAGUAGCAUGGCUGACAGCAGGCCCAAGACCCCCAAGCCCGCCAACAAGACGCCCCCCAAGUCCCCAGGGGACCCCGCGAAGGACAAGGCAGCCAAGAGGCUGUCACUGGAGUCGGAGGGUGCCAGCGAGGGGGCAGCCGCCGCGGGCCCGGAGCUCAGCGCCCUGGAGGAGGCCUUCCGGAGGUUUGCGGUGCACGGGGACACCAGGGCCACCGGGAAGGAGAUGCAUGGCAAGAACUGGUCCAAGCUGUGCAGGGACUGCCAGGUGAUCGAUGGCAGGAACGUGACCAUCACCGACGUGGACAUCGUCUUCAGCAAGAUCAAGGGCAAGUCCUGCAGGACCAUCUCAUUCGAGCAGUUCAAGGAGGCACUGGAGGAGCUGGCCAAGAAGAGAUUCAAAGACAAGAGCAGCGAGGAGGCCGUCCGAGAGGUGCACCGGCUCAUCGAGGGCAAGGCCCCCAUCAUCUCGGGGGUGACGAAAGCCAUCUCCUCGCCCACCGUGUCGCGGCUCACGGACACCACCAAGUUCACGGGCUCCCACAAGGAGCGCUUCGACCCGUCGGGCAGGGGCAAGGGCAGGGCGGGCCGCGUGGACCUGGUGGACGAGUCGGGCUAUGUGCCGGGCUACAAGCACGCCGGCACCUACGACCAGAAGGUGCAGGGGGGCAAGUAGCCGGCGGGGCCUUCUCCCGUCGUCCGGUCCCCCGCCGCCUCACACUUCGUUACAUUCCUGUGCUUUGCAGGCAGGACUCGGACCCGGGGCUGGGCGGCCGCGGAGGCUCCAGGCCUGCCUCCCUCCCGCCCGGGCCCGCACUCCCCUCCACCCCAGCUUUGGCCCCGACUCACCUUUCCUAACACACCUGCCUCGUGCCCGCCAGGAAGUGGGCAGAUGGCCCUUUCCAAAGUGUCUCUCGGGGCCAGACCACACUGGCCACUGGUUUGCAGCAAAGGGGGCGUUUUAAAGGAGCUGGUGGGCAGACCCUGUCGGGGCGGUGUUGACCCGCAAGCACCAAGGCACCAACCAGCAGCACCGAUAAAGCAGAGGGAGCCCCAGACAGGGCACCGUGGGGCCCGGAGAGCACCACGGAGGUGUGGGAGGCGGGGUUCACAGUGCACGCUUGCACGCCCAGCACACACAAACACACCCACGCAUGCACGCACACGCACUGCGCACACACCGUGCACGCACGCACGCACGCACGCACGCACACGCGCUCAGAUGCACAAACCGACCGCCAGGUCUGCGUUGAGGGCGGGCGCCGAGCUGAGGGCUGCCGUGCAAAGGAAGAAGCCUCUGUCGACCAAAGUGACUCCAAGUGUGACGUCACGAGAUUUUAAAAUGGAAACUAAGGGCAGUUCAUUUCACUUCCCUGAGAAGAAAUAGGAAACAGUGAUGCAUGUUUAUUCUCAGAACGGCUCAGGGAAGACUUAGAAUAUCCCGUCUCUGUGACUCCCUCCCAGCGGCCCCUGUGUCCCCGCCCCGACCCGCAAGGACCCCGGGGGCCCUGGGCUAGAGGCUGCGCGGGUAGUGCGACGGCUCUCUCCUUGCUUCUCUGGCCGCUGUGCUUCCUCUGGCCUCUCUGGAGCCUCCGUGAGCGGCCUGCCCUGUCCUCCCCGCUCAGGAGUGCAGAAGCCGCAGGGCAGGACCAGGCCAGGGGAGGGCCCGAGGCCGGUAGCAUCUGCGGGGUUUGGUUUCUCUGAGACGCCGGGGUGGGGUGGGGGGCUCCUGCUGUCACAGUGGGCCCUUGGCGGUGUGUCCCUUUGCAUGGACAUGGCCACAGGCCGGCGUGUAACCCUCUGGACCCUGUGGUCCUCGUUUCGGUCCCGGGGACAGCCCAUGGCAGCCCCCAGGGAAUGCUUCCCGGGAACCCAACCGCCCUGCCACGAUCUGUCCUGCGUCCAGCGCAGCAGGCCGGUGAGGGGCACCCCUCCAUGGACACACGGCACAGGUGGCCGUGAGAAAGGCCAGCACUGCCACGGCAGGCACGUUGGUCACAGCUGGACCUGGGACACCUGCCCACCCACACGGAGGGGCUCAGGCCAGCGCUCCCAGCCGACGCGGCCCCUUGCACGGGGGGCUCCCCCGGGAUGGCGGUAGCCUCUGCGGGCAGCUUCGUCUUGAGGCCUGGCACCUCACCGCGCGAUCACCCAGGAAGUGACGGAGCACAGGCACCCGGGGCUCACUGCGAAGAUGUGAAUCGCUGCCGUCUAGGAAGUUUCUAAAACUUGGGGAUCCGAAGCUGCCCAGCCAGGCCCCCAAUCCGCCACCAGGAAACAGGCCCGAGGGCUGGGGGAAGGCAGGCAGGAGGCCGGCCCCGCCCCGGGCGCCUCUCCUCCCUCCAGAGGCAAGAGUCACCUGGGGAAUCGCGUCUGCAGAGAACUCUGAACGUGCAGAGUGUUUCUGGGCACUAAGCUGAUCACAGAUGGCAAAGCCCGUGUUCCAGUGCCGGCCGGUUCCUCUCCGUGGACUUGGGACAAGACUCCUCCCCAGACCCAUCCUCUGCCCAGCCGCCGCGGGUCUCCGCCUGCCCGACAGCCCGGCACCCCGCACAGCCGCCCCGCGGCAGGACACGGGGGUCCAGCCCCCCCAGCCAGUCAGGGGCUGGCUGCCCGGGAGCACACGGGAGGCGGACUGAGCAGAAGAAACGACACCAGUGGCGUCCUGGGACGCUUCCUCACGCUGCCCCCCCGCCCCGGGCCCGGCCUGCGGGGCCGACACCACCCACCGCAGGAAACCCAUCUUCCCGAUGGCUACAGCAGCACCUCCCCCUUGGGUUAAGGAAAGUCUAGUGCACACAGCUGCCCCCGUGGCCAGCCCCGUGCUUGCGGGUUCGCGAGCUGCGGAGGCCGAGGCGUCUGGCUGGGUCUCAGGUGUCCCCAGCCCGCCUGAGGCCUCCUUCCCAAAGGGUAGCUCUGGAAACACAUCUCCCCGCUCAGGGCAGGAGGAAGCGGCGGCCCCCUCCCCGUCGGCUCCGUCACGGCAUCUGUGUGUAGCCCAAACACAGCACGGCGCUCGGGCUCCAAGCUCUGCGCAGACACACGUGCCUCCCUCAGGCUCUGGGUGCUGUGGACAAACAGGCAGGUGUGCGCCUUCGCUGCAUGUUCUAUGCAACACCCAUUCGCUUCUACUAACUGUGGUUAACUAGGAACUACGUGUCUCUCUGUGAAUGAAGGAAACUGCACAGCAAGCCCAGCAGGAAGCAGGGGCCCGUGGUCAGGGUGCACCACGCUGACGGCGCCGAGCGCCGGGACAGCAGAGCGAGCGUUGGAGAACAUUGUGCCACAGUACUUAUUUAUUUCUAUUUAAUGCUGUAGGAUAAGCAACUAGGCGGUGGUCAGUUCACCAAAAUUGAAGUUCAAAUUACGUACGUUUAAAAUAUUAUAGGAAGAGAUCUAUAUUUAUACUGGAGUAUUUUUACACCUCGAGUAUCCUCAGUCUUAAGGUUUGAGGCCAAUGAAAGUUACAGUCAGGAAGAGGCACGGGGAGCUCCAGCGGCAUCGCCUAAGCUGCGCUACGUCCACGCCCCACUGGCCGAGAGCUCAGGGCAGGCCGAGGCAUCCCUCUGAAGCACCAAGCGGACAGAGGCUCACACACCCGAAGCCUGGGCCUGCUCAGCCACCGGCUGCCGUGGAUCAAGCCUUAACGGCACACGGCCCUGCCGCGCACCGCCCGUGGCUGCUUCUGUGGCUACGCCGGCGGCAGGGAGAUCGGUCACAGACGCCACGGCCCACGAACCCUACAACAGCCACUGCCUGGACCUUUAGGGGAGGCUGCUGGUGCUGUCCCCACCCCUGAGCACCCAGCAGGCUCCCUCUGGGAAUGUUCCCGCGUGAGCUGGCACACCCUGUCCCACAGUGCACGCAGGUGGGGACACCACUGUCACCUGUUCCGUCCACUCAGGUUGACAAUUCAGCUGUGCUGUGAAGUCACCACGAGGCUAGAAUGUCCUUCGAACUCUGACCCUGAGUAGCUUCCCGCCGCUGACUACUGAGCCCUCUGUGAAAUCCCGUGGCUCGGGGGUGGCCUUUGUCCGUGGGAGUGGAGAGUGUGGCCAGUGGUGGCCCCAGGCACUCCUGGGAGGUGGUCGCCCUGCACUUUGAGAUGCUUUAGUUAACUUUCUCUCUUCCCCAAACCAAGCCAAACAACAAAGGAGACGCACAUAACUCAAACUUGAAAGGGAUCAUAUGCUACUAGUUUGUACUAAGUUUUUUUCAGGAAAGGGAAAUAAAUGUAUAUAUAGAUGCGAUCUAUUUUUGCACUGUUUUCUUACUGUUAGGGAGCGAUGAGGGCAUCACUUUGCAGUGUGAUGGGACAAGCAGUGUGGACGUCAACGGGUGCUCUGACUCAGAACCACACUCACCAGGAACUCUGGGGGCGUCUGUAGGGCCGAGGCGUGGUGUCACCUGUCAGUCGCGGUGCAAGGCCUGGCUUGCAAACCUGUGAUGAAACAGCCCCUGUCUGUCUGCAUACCUCCUCGUGUGUUCCCUGUUGUUAACACUGUGUCAGAUUGGUAAAGUGACAAAUAAAGGUGUUGAAUCGUG